AUGUCUGUCAAUUUAUUCAAAGUCUUUGUCAAUACGUUAAGGAAAACAUUGCCGCAACAUCUGUACAAAUCAGGUAUACAGAGGCGUUUUGUUACUGCCAUGGACAUAGUAAAUGUUGAAAAUAAACCCACUGAGGAUUUGGUACCAAAUAAAAACCUUACAAGGUUCAAAAAACGACAUAUGAAGCGACAGUGGGAAGAAUUAAGUCCUAAUAAAAAAGAAAAUGGAGAAUCGGAUGAGAAGAGACUAUGCGACAAACCUGUUGAAAGAAUUAAACGGAAAAAAAUGGCACUACUGUUAGGUUACUGCGGUGUCGACUACUUUGGUAUGCAAAGAAAUCCCGGUGUUAGGACAAUAGAAGAGGACCUUUUCAAAGCAAUGUUGGAUGCCAAGUAUAUUACGGAAGAAGAUUAUAACAAUCAGCAGAAUACACAGUUCCAAAGGAGUUCCAGGACAGACAAAGGGGUGUCGGCGGCUCGACAGGUUGUGUCAUUGAAACUACCUCUCGAAGCAAACAUAGAAGAAAUUAAUAAAAGAUUACCGGAAUCUAUCAGAAUAUUUGGAAUGAAGAGGGUUACAAACAAAUUUAAUUCUAAAGUGAAAUGUGACGCAAGGACAUACAGCUUUACUCUUCCUACAUAUGUAUUUGAGUCUAGUCUGGUUACUGAAGAGGAGAGGAAAAAAUAUAGGAUAACACCAGAAAAGUUGGAAGAAGUAAACAAAAUACUAUCCACUUACAAAGGAACAAAGAGUUACCAUAAUUUUACAGAAAAAAAACAUUAUCAAGACCCGUCCGCAUCUAGAUAUAUGUUAGGAUUUAGUGUUGAAAAAGUUUUUGUUGAAUCUGAUAUGGAGUUUGCAGUAUUGUUAGUAAAGGGUCAAAGCUUCAUGUUGCAUCAGAUACGUAAAAUGGUUGGUCUCACUAUUGCCUUGGUGCGGGGUCACGCCGAUCCCAGCAUAUUGGAAAAAGCUUUCGGCAAAGACAAGGUCAUGAUUCCCACUGCACCGGGCUUAGGACUGGUUCUCGACAUGGUACAUUACACGAGAUACGACGCACGUUAUAAAAGCAGUCACGACAGCCUCACAUGGGAGACAGAAGAAGAUGCAGUGCAGAAGUUUAAACACGAACACAUCUACCCCAACAUUGUGAAAGGUGAAAUAGAACAAAACUCAAUAGGCACUUGGUUGGUGAAGUUAAAUCAACAUUCGUACGAACCUUCAGAUGACACCGCUGUUGACAAAACCAUAGAUGAUGAUGAGAAAUCUCUUAAUGUUGACGAUAACGAUGAUGAUGAUGAACCGGACGACGAUGAAAAAGAUUCUUCGACAAAUACAAGUAAAAAGAUUGAGACUGAAAAUAUUCAAGAAGAGUCGAAUGAUCCAUUACUUAAAGGGGAAAUUGAAGAGAAAUCUAAUGAGGCAGUAAUUGAGAAAAGCAAGGAGGUUGUAUAG